GAAAUUGAGUGACCUCGUGACAUUGACUGGAACGCACUACAUCACCGCUCCCAAAAACUUGACCUCUGUCAGGGUCCUCCAAGAAGUGUCGGCUCAAAUGAUAGACUGGCGUCGACUUGACGAGAGUUGCAGCGACAACUAUGAACGCGAUCGAUGAGCAGACGGCAGAGGGCUCCUUGACGUUUGCCCGAAAUUUGCGCAUCGCAUCCGUCUCAGCGCAACUCGUCAAUGGCAUCAAAGUUGCUGACAUCGGUGAGCGAUUCGUCAGGAUCAACGUGCCUGCAACCAUCACCGGUGCCAAACACUUUGUCGGUACCUUCGACGCACUCCAAAACAUUCACCUUCGGGGUAGGCUCAACCAACUCGCCAUACCUGACGAUCUUCUGCUAAAUGAUGCAGAGCAAUUCGUGCGGGCGCCUAAACGGUUCAACAAGCUAAUUACCACCGUGACCAACGUCGAAGGCAAAGUCAGCGGAGUAUCACUGCCGGGAGACGUCUACCACCUCACGGAUGACAGCCCCAUUGACGUACCCCUUGCCUUCGUCAAUGGCAUCCAGGCGCAGCGAGACGUAGUCGUUGCUGGCACGGUCGACAACGUAGACAUUUCAGAGUUCGCUGCCUACGCCGCCAAGCAACCCGAAAAAGUUGUAAAGAACAACGUAGUGUUCAAGGCGCCCGUUUUUGUUAAAAAGUCCGUCAAGGUCCUCGCCAAGGUCAACAGCGUAUUGCUUGAUGCCCUUUACAAGGACGCCAUUUUUCCUACCAACGAGUCUACGUUGGUUAUGACUGGCCAGAAGACCUUCCACGAAGGAGCCAAAAUAGUAGGAAUGACUGUCAAAGGCAGUGUGAACGGUUACAACUUGUUGGAGGACUUUGUGGCCACGGAGGACCACCAAGACGUUCAUGUUUUGAUUUCAGGAAUAAAAACGUUCACCGGACCGGUCGUGUUCGAGAAGGACGUCAUCUCAAACCCUGGCAUCAUCGACGGAGUUCAGCUCUUCAAGCUGUUCGCCGGCAGAAUAACACUUAACAGCGAGCAGAACAUCACAGCCGAGCCGCUGUUCCUCAGCACCGUGCGAGUGCGACACCUCUAUGUGUCGGGGUCAGUUCAAGGGCUCUCCGUGCCCAGGGACUUCGUCCUCAAGUCCGUUCCGCAAAAGAUCUACGGCCUGAAACACAUGGCUCGGGGCAUGUCCGCCGCUCUCGUCGACUCGCGCAUACACGCGACCGUCCGAGGUUUGUUCGGUGGCGUCGACAUAGUGGACAUUAACAGGCGCCGUAUCCCACUGUCCACUGGCCAACUGCUGACCGGAGAGUUCGCCAUUGGCAACGUGACGACGCCAUUCCUCAACGCCGCAUGGUUGAACGGGCGGCCAGUUCAGCCAUUCCUGAGGAACGUCAUGUCCAAGACGAAGCCUCAAGUAGUGGCUGCUUCGAAGACGUUUUCCGCGGUCCUGAAGGCGGUUUCUCCCGUAACGACUGUGCAAGGAGUGAACGGUGUCAACCUGGGAGAGGUCAACUCUAAUGCGGUCACACUGCGCGGUCAGUCCGUGGUCAGCGCCCCUGUCGCUCUACGAGACCCGUUCGAGGUCAUGGGUCACCUGAGCAUCCACGGCACACUGGACGGCCGGGACCUUCGCGCCUUCGACGCCGACGCUGUGCCCAAGCGCGGGUGGGUCUCCGUCACCGGCAACUGCGUCUUCUACCGUGGCUUCUCCGUGCGUGGCAACAUCGCCGCCGACACGGUCAACGACCUCAUGUUCUCCUACGACGUGCUUCUUAAGAACGCGGACCAGAGCAUCAAGGGUCAUUAUCACUUUGUUCGUGAUAUGAAGGUGCUGGGAGAUCUGCCUCACUUGGGGCACAUCAACGGCGUGGAUCUGUCCGUACUCGACACGCUGAUCGCAAAGUUGGACCGAGAGAACGUCAUUCAGUCUGACCUGGAGUUUCACGACGUGACUGAAGUUGGCACAGACCUGAACGUCGAAGGCCUUCUCAACGGUCACAAACUCCGGCAUCUCAGGGAUCAGGCGAUAUGCACCGCCAGACAUCACGAACUCACUGCCACCAAGAUCAUCCGAGGUCCGGUUAACUUGUUCAAUUCCAUCGAGGUUCGCCACUUUGAUAACAGGACUCUUACUGCUUUACUGGAGGACAUCGUCUUCGUCGAUGGAAACUUCAUGACUGCACCAAAGAUAUUCACUAACGUGCUCAUGGAAGGAAGCGUCAAAACGAACAAUGCACACUUUGAGCAGCUCGUCAACGGCAUCCCCAUCAAUACGGUGCUAUCGGACGCUGUCUGGGGAAACGGGAAAUGCGAACUCCUGGGAGAGAAUGUCUUCAGUGACCCCUUUACCGUGACAAAGGAUCUAACUGUUCUCGGCCGUUUAAAUGGACUUAGUAUCCCUGACGAUCUACUUCAGCUUUGUCACAACAAAGCCUGCCCGGAACAAUACCUGGACAGUCCAGUGUUCGAGAACGUCCAGGUUCCGGGUCAUCUGCCCGUCUCUGGCUCAGUCAAUGGACACUCCCUCCCUCACAUGCUCGAAGAUACCCUGUUCGUCACCACGAACCAGACCGUGCGCGGAACCAAGUACUUCGAGGUUGUGACGUUCGAACAGAAUGUGCUGCCUGAUCGUGUAAACGGGAAGAGUUUCCGUCACGACGUUGUCACUCUGCACACGGCGCAGACUUUGCACGGAAAGCUCUCCUACCGCCACGUUGUCACACCGAACGUGGUCGUCAAAGGUCUGAUCAACAAUGUCAACUUUGCGAGCCUUGUGCGAAGCACGGUGCUGCUGAACGUGCCCCAGAUCAUAGCCGCUCCGCUAGCACUGAACAACGUCGUGGUUCGGCACAACAUCCGUCACGUGGGCACGCUCAACGACGUCCACCUCGGUCUGCUCGCUCGAAAAGUGUCUCGCUUCGAGCACGCUGCCGCGCAGUUGGGACGCAGCUUGGGCCAGCGGAUAGCCAAGCACGAAGGCCUUCUCAACGAGCUGUCCUGCUUCCUCACGGAUUCCUACUCGGCCGUGGACUACUUCGUCCUGCACCAGUACCUGGACGUGGAGGCCACGACCGUGGACACUGCACCCGGCGUGGGGUUCCUGCGCCUGGUAGACAACCACGGGGGCGACGCCGUGGCGCAGGCGUUCCACUUCGCCUGGAGCCAGCACGAAGCCGCGUGGCGCAUGCAGGGCGUUGUAUCCGCCGACGAAGGCGAGCGAGUCUACUUCGCGCUCGAAGGGAGACUCCUCUGGCUCGAGCUGCCUCUUCCGGACAGCAACACGGGCCGGGCAAUUUUGACCGACGGCUUGACGGUGCUCUUCAACUUCGGUGACGUGCUGGUUAUGUCCGCUGUUGCCACGACCGGCAACACCGCGAUACUGGCUAGCCUCACCAAGCAUGGCGUCCUGGACCUCUUCGCAUACACCCUGCAGAGCUUCGAGCCCACUCUCAUCGGCACGAUCAGCCCCGGCGAAGGAGCGACCGCGGUAAAGCUCCUCUCCCUCGACGGCUCGUUGUACGUGAUCGCCUCCGUGUAUGACCACCGAGCCUGCAUUACCGAGCACCACCACUCCAAGGUGUACGCCAUGGAGGGAGCGCACAGGUGGCACCUCGUGCAGACACUCCACGGUGGAGCGGUGACCAACUCCUUCUCUCGCCAUGGCUUUCUCUACGCCCUGUUCACCGGCGCCGACACACGCAGCCGCUGCGCUGAGCCCAGCCUGGUCAAGGUUUAUCGAACCUGCAGCAGAGUGGGAUCUACCUUCGAGCUGUUCCAGACCAUCUCCAUGGUUUCGGUCUCCAAAGUGGAGCUCGUUCAGUACGGCGCGCAGCUGGACGUCUUCAUGGCUGCCGCAAACACAACUUCAAUUCAAAUCUACACCUUCAACGGUGAGAGCGGCUUCCAGUUCCACUCGGCCAUCGCCGUCAGGUUGGUGACCGACAUCAAGAUGACGGUGCUUGGAGGCUCCCUCUACCUCGUCGUCGCUCAAGGACACAGCACCGGAAAAAGCCUCGUCUACAAGGCUGUUACGCAAGGCGCAACAGCAACGUUCCGGCGUCUUCCGGCGACGUGACACUGCGGAGCCGAGCACCGCUAGAUUUUAGAUUUUACGCCCUUCACACUCCUGGGUAUUAUAUAAUCGUUUACUGUUACCGCAUAACUGCCUCUGAGGCAUCGCUAUUUGUUACUUUUACACUGCUUAGCCUUUGUAACCCAUGUAGGUGAGGAAUGCUGGGCCAUGGGCCUCGUUAACGCUGAAAGUGUCAACAGGCAUGUAUGUACAUAAAGUGCGUUAUACUCACUCCGCAAUAAAUUCCACAUCCUGA